AUGAAGUCCCCCUGCAGCCUGACAGUGAUAUGUUACCUCUGCCUGGGUCUCUGCUCAGGACACUAUGCUCCAGACCUCAUCACGUCUUUGCCAGGGCUCUCUGAGAUGCCAAGCUUCCAGCAGUGGUCAGGCUACCUUGAGGCAGGGCCGGGUCACUACUUCCAUUAUUGGUUUGUGGAGUCUCAGGGCAACCCAGCUACUGAUCCAGUAGUUGUGUGGCUGAAUGGGGGACCUGGUUGCAGUUCCAUGGAAGGAUUUCUGGCUGAGAAUGGCCCCCUUCAUCUGAAUGAUGAUGGCAUGCUCUACCUGAACCCCUACAGCUGGAAUAAAGUUGCCAACAUGCUAUACCUGGAGUCCCCAGCUGGAGUCGGCUAUUCCUACUCUGACUUUACUCAGAGCUCGAUCAGUGAUAACCAGGUGGCUGAAGAUAACUACCAGGCCCUUCAGAGCUUCUUUGCCAAAUUCCCUGCCUUCAGAAACAAUGAUUUCUAUGUUUUUGGGGAGAGCUACGGUGGCAUCUAUGUCCCCACUCUCAGCGCAAAGAUUGUGAAGGGAUCUGCCAACUUCAACUUUAAGGGCUUUGGAGUUGGGAAUGGAAUGACCAGCUAUUACCUCAACGAGGUAACUCUGAUGGAAUUUGCUUACUACCAUGGAGUCUUUGGAGAUGAGCUAUGGGCCUUACUGAAUAAGAACUGCUGCUACCAAGGAACCUGCAACUACAUCAACAACACCAAUAGCAACUGUAUCACUGCGAUACUACCGGCAUAUGAAAGACUGUAUGGCAUUGGCUUAAACAUGUACAACCUCUAUGCCUCAUGCUGGGGUGGUGCGAACUACCAGGAACGCUAUGAGGCUGACCUGUCCAACCUCUUUCGCCAAUACCAGUUUAAUGUGCCAGUGCCGAAAGUUGGCUCUAUCCCUGGAGUCCCUAGAUGCAUCAAUGCCACCGCUAUGUACAUCUGGCUGAACCGUGAUGAUGUCAGACAGGCCCUCCACAUCCCGAGCUCCCUGCCCAACUGGGAGCUUUGCAGUUCACAAGUGAGAACUCACUACAAGAGGAUUUAUACGGACAUGGCCCCUUUCUACCAGACCCUGCUGAAGCAUGAUCUGCGAGCACUGGUUUACAAUGGAGAUGUUGACAUGCUCUGCAACUUCCUAGGCAGCGAGAAGUUUGUGGAGUCUCUAAACAAGCCAAUGCUGAAAUCUUACCAGCCCUGGUACUAUAACAAUCAGAUAGCUGGGUUCUUCAACGAAUACGAGAAGAUCACAUUCCUCACUGUAAAGGGUGCAGGUCACAUGGUCCCCCAAUACAAGCCAGGUCAGGCUCUGAAGAUGUUCCAGUGCUUCCUCUCCAACACCACUUAUGUCUAAAUAGCAUCCCUACUCCAAUCUUGUCCAUUAGUAAGUACACACUCUUGGAUAAGUUGUGGGACUGAGUGGUGUCUGGAAACCCAGCCUGGCACUCUCAUUU